AUGGGUUUCGGAAGACUGAGACCAAGAAGUAUGGUUCUUGACGAGCCUGAAAAUACCCAAAACUUGUUCAGAUUCGAUAGCAUAUCAGUUCGAAGAAUUGCCCUGGAUUUCAAAGAACAAAAGGUACCCUUACAAGAUAUACCAAGUACCCUUCCAAGAGAUAGAAUAACCUCCAAUGGUGUGAAGGGACUUGCUACUAUCCCCCCUAAAAGAAACUCUAGAAUCGUCAGUAUGCCAGAGUUUCUUUCCUCUGCCAAGCAAUCAUUAGCUGCUACUGCAAUUGCACCUUCAACUAUUCCCAAAUCUGAAAAGAGAAGAAGCAGAUGGUUUUCUAAAUCAUUACUUCAGGGUGGUUCAAAUGAUGAUGAUUCAAAUCCCAAAUUCGAUGCUUUACCUUAUCAAAAUACAGACCCUAACACCAUAAAGCCCGUUAAAGAAAACAUUCCGUGGACAACACUUAUGGAACAACGGGCUAAAACUUUGCAUUUGGAUAAAGAAUUACCUUCUUUAAAUAUUGAUUCCGAUAAGAAUAACAAUAAAAACAUACAAGAAGAUUCCACUGGCUAUGUGAGUGAAUCUUCCAUCCCACCAAGAAGAAGACCUCUUUGGCAUGCAUUUCCUAGUGGAAGAGAUCAUCCAACUAAUGAUGAUGAUAAGGUUGAUUCUAAUCAAGGAAAUAUACCAACAAAGCUUUGGGAGUGUCCUCCUACCGAAUCAACUGUCUCAUCUACCCAUUUGACAUCGACUUUACCAAAUACAAGCGUUGGUUCUAGAGAAACUCUUCAACUGUAUAAUGCAUCUAAGGCUUCCACUUUGAAGAUUCAAGAACCAUAUUAUCCAAAUCCUAAUAUUGAUGAUGACUAUGAUAUGGAUAAAAGCUUGCCCUCUAUUCAUGAUAUGGAUAAGAGUUUGCCCUCUAUUCAUGAUCUGAUGCUUUCAAAAUCAUCAAAUAUCAGGCAAGAGCCCGAAUUAAAAUCGUUGCCUAAAACAAGACACUUUCCUGUCAAUCAUCCCUACAGACUUAGUCAUAAUAAUGUGAACUCAGGAGCAGCAACUGGUCGUCGUUAUGCUUCAGCUCCUCAGCCAGGACCAAGUAUCUUGAAGAAUUCGAACCCUUUGAAGUCAACCCCUUUGAAUUCAAACCACUUGGAUUCCAAGCCAUUACCUUCAAUUCAGCCUAUACCUGAAAAGAAGUUGCCUCCUAUUCAAAAGGAAUUGCCAUCAGUUUCAUUACAUAUAAAGGAGUUGCCUGCAGUUGUUGGUAUCCCGUUAUCUACAAAGCAAAAGAAGUCACCAUUUUCCCAACGAGAUAAGGUUGUGUCAUCUAUGAUUCCUUCAUUGGGACAUAAUCCUGAGAUUUCAGCUCCACUUUUUGACGAAGACAAGUUUGAUCCUCUUCCCAGUCCGAAGGGAGAGUACUUCUAUGAAACAAUGCAUUCGACCAACAAUAGAAGGGAUCACAGUCUAUCACCUAAGAAACUGAAACAUAUAAUUAUAGAUGGUGAUGACGAUGAAGCUCUUGAAGGUAUUUUCAGUACAGAAUCACCUGAAUUUAUUCCGCUUUCAGAUCAUGAAGAAGAUGACAUCAUUCCAUCCUAUCUACUGUUUAUUAAUAAUGCGUUUGGUGCUGCAGAUUCCAGUGUACGUGAAGUGACACCAGUCCCCGAUUACAUUGAAGUCAUGAACAAUAAUGUGAAUGAUGCUACUAUUACCACUACCACUAGCCACAGGAAGCAACUUUCAAACGAUAGCAAGACACCCAACUACGUCACAUAUGCCCGUUCCAAUGAUCAGUCGAGUUUUAGUGAUGAUAGUUUAUUUUCAGAUCAUAAUGACCGUUUAGACCUAACGCCUCCCAAACAGCCAUUUUUGAAAUCAGCAAUUCGAGAACGCAAAUCAAAUCACUCCAAUUCUGUCAAAAAUAGAGACUCAAUGAUAUCUACCUCAUCAUCUGCUUCUGGUAUUAGUUUCAAGGAAGCCAAGAAGGCUAUGACACUUGAAAUUGCCAAACAGGAAUUCAUAUAUCCAUUAGACACUAAUCGUAAUUACGACGAUUACACCAGAUUCAUAUACCCCAAGGACCCCAAACGGUGCGUAUCUUCCGUCGUUCCAGAGCAAAGAAUCAUGCCGUAG